UGUGUGUGGCGCGCGCGCGUGUGUGUGUGUGUUAUACUGUAAUAAAUGCAGAGCCGCCUCACACUAAUCAAGCUGAUUAAAAAUUCCUACGCGCAUAGCCGGAAAUCGCACCCUCCUCUAUAUUCCUUCCACUUUUACUUUAUUUUUUUUUUAGGAUCUCCGCUUAGCCAGGACAUCGGCCGUCACGGGAGGCCGUCCCAGGCGACCAAAAAAACGCUUUUGGGGCGGCCGCUUCGGGUUCUGUUUUAUUUUAUUUUUUCCUGUUGAAAUGGGGAGAAAGGGGAGAAGCGCGGGCAGCGCCGGCGCAAGCUAGGGGAGUGAUGAGUCAAUACAACUAAUAAUUUAAUGGGGACACGGAGGGAGAGAAAGAAAGAAAGCGAGGCUCCGUCCAACCACGAACAAAACCGCCAUGCGUUUCUAGCGAUCUCGAUGCUCCUCGGAGAUGGGAGACUAAAGCGUACUUUUACCUGUUUGCGAUCGCCGGCCGUGCAUUGUUUUCUCAUGAGAAGACGGGUCAUCCUCUAUUCCCUCUUUGCCCUGACAGUAGGCAGGCGAAAAAAGGCGAAAAUAACUUGAGAUCCGCAAAGCGAUCGCGCACGGCUGACAUGUCCCUUAUUGCACCGAGACGGGCUUAAUGAUAUUUCGGCGUUUGUUUACUCCCGGCUCCUCUAUCACGACCUGCCGUUUUCCAGGCGGACCUGAGCCGCCGAGUCCGUCGGAGAGCACGCAGGCAUCGACGGGCGAUGUGCGUAUAUUUCUUAAAAAGGAAACUUUUCUAGGCGUCCGGGUGUAUUUGCGAGCUGGUAUGGUAGGUCGUUUUAUUGUGGCGUAAAUGCAAUAUUACCACUACCGCCAAAUAGUGGUCUCGGAUAUAUUGCAUCUGGCCAGCCGUCUUUUUUAUCGCUUACCCGUGUUAUCGCAUUUGCAGUCAGCCCCUCACAUGUGAAUAUUUGUUUCGUCCUUUUUGGACAAAUCGCCUUUUCUGCUAUCAGGGAGAAUCUGUAAUUGGAGAGGACUGUUAAUACUCUUUGACAUAUCAAAAGAAUUCUACACGCAAGAAAAAAAACUUUUAGGUUUUUUUGUUCGUCAUCCGAAGGAACUUGAAGAGAGACAGCGACCGCCCUGCACGGCUUUAUGCGCUUCCCAGUUAGCAAGUGGUAAGUUUCAGGUGACGGCGAGCGGCGACGCUGAGAACCAUGGACCACCUCAGCGACUCGUGCCUGGGGAAGGAGAACUCUGAGCUGCCCAACAGUGUCGGGGACCACAAGAGCCCCCCUGCCAAAAUUGCACGGCUGGAGCAGAACGGCAGCCCCCUGGGGAGGGCCCGGCUGGGCAGCAACGGCGCCAAGCUGGCUGGAGUGUCCCUCAAGGCCUCGGGGCACAUCCUGAAGUCGUCCCACAAGAGAGGUAACAUGCUGCCUGUGUUCUGUGUGGUGGAGCACCAUGAGAGUCCGGUCGAGUUCACCGAUGCCCGUGAAGAGCACGCCGAGUUCGUACUGGUGCGGAAGGACAUGCUGUUCAACCAGCUGAUCGAGAUGGCGCUGCUCUCACUGGGAUAUUCCCACAGCUCGGCAGCCCAGGCCAAAGGUCUGAUCCAGGUGGGUAGGUGGAACCCCGUGCCCCUGUCCUACGUGACAGACGCCCCUGACGCCACGGUGGCAGAUAUGCUGCAGGACGUUUACCACGUCGUCACGCUGAAGAUUCAGCUGCACAGUUGCCCGAAGCUGGAGGAUUUGCCGCCCGAGCAGUGGACUCACUCCACCGUGAGGAACGCCCUCAAGGAGCUGCUGAAGGACAUGAACCAGAGCUCGUUGGCCAAGGAGUGUCCCCUUUCGCAGAGUAUGAUUUCGUCCAUUGUGAACAGCACUUACUAUGCAAACGUCUCAGCAGCCAAGUGUCAGGAAUUCGGCCGGUGGUAUAAACAUUUCAAGAAGACAAAGGAUAUGAUGGUGGAGAUGGACAGUCUCUCUGACCGCUCCCCGCCAGGCUCCAACCAUGGGGGUUACAGCCAGCAGCCCAUCCCGGGCAGCACGCCGGAGCACCCAUCCUCACCCGUCCCCAUGUCCCAUGGCGGCCAGCCCUCGGUCCGUGCCCAGCUGCCCGGCCUGCACCCCGGCAUAGUCUCCACGCCCAUCAGUCCGCAGUUGGUCAAUCAGCAGCUGGUCAUGGCGCAGAUCCUCAACCAGCAGUACGCUGUCAACCGGCUUCUGGCCCAGCAGUCGCUCAGCCAGCAGUACCUGAACCACCCGCCUGUGAACCGCGGCCUCGGCAAACCCCUGGAGCCACAGGCGGCCACCAACUCCGAGGUCUCGUCUGAGAUCUACCAGUGGGUGCGUGACGAGCUGAAGAGGGCUGGCAUCUCACAGGCUGUGUUCGCCCGCGUGGCCUUCAACAGGACACAGGGCCUGCUGUCUGAGAUCCUGCGCAAGGAGGAGGACCCCAAGAUGGCAUCGCAGUCCCUCCUGGUGAACCUGCGCGCCAUGCAGUGUUUCCUGCAGCUGCCCGAGGCAGAACGAGACCGCAUCUACCAGGAUGAGCGCGAACGCAGCCUCACCGCCGCCUCCGCCAUGGGUCCUGCCCCCCUCCUCAGCGCGCCUUCGCCCCGGUCCGCCCAGCCCCGAAGAGAAGACUGUGGCAACACCAGGCAAGAUGACUGGCACCCACGGGUCCCUGUCGGGGUGUCCCCUGUGAAGCCGUCGCCACUGCCCGCCGAGCGCAAUGGCAAGCCGGAGAGCUGUGUGCUGAACAUCAGUGCCUCCAUCUAUGACGAGAUCCAGCAGGAGAUGAAGAGGGCCAAGGUGUCGCAGGCCAUGUUCGCCAAGGUGGCCGCCUCCAAGAGCCAGGGCUGGCUGUGUGAGCUGCUCCGCUGGAAGGAGGAUCCAUCCCCGGAGAACCGGACCCUGUGGGAGAACCUGUCCAUGAUCCGGCGCUUUCUGAGCCUGCCGCAGGCAGAGCGCGAUGCCAUCUACGAGCAGGAGAGCAGCGUGGGCCAGCAGCACUACGCCGAGCGCCCCCCCCACCUGCUGCACGUGCCCCCAGAGUCCACUCAGUCUCAAUCCCAUCAGCCCCAGCAGCACCAGCAACAAUCCCCGCUGUCUCAGCAGCUCCCACCCCAGGCCCCGCUCUCCCAGCAGCCCUUGCAGCAGUCUCCGCAGCAGGCGGGGCCUCGCCUACCUCCCCGCCAGCCGUCUACGGCCUCACCCGCCGAGGCAUCGGAGGACAAGGCUCGGCCCGGAGGCAAGAUCUCCCUGGAGGCCCUGGGAAUCCUCCAGAGCUUUAUCCAGGAUGUGGGCCUCCACCCCGAUGAGGAGGCCAUCCACACCCUGUCCGCCCAGCUGGAUCUCCCCAAGCACACCAUUGUAAAGUUCUUCCAGAACCAGCGGUUCUACGUCUGCCAUCGUCAGGGUCAACCCAAGGGCCCAGUUGGUCUAGGUGAGGAAGAGGAGGAGGAGGAAGAAGAUGAGGACGAGGAAGAGGAGCAGGCCAAUGACGAAGAAGACAAGCUGCUACAGCAGCUGAAUGAGAGCACUCAGACUGUCAACAGCGACUUCUCCAUCAAGAUGGAGGAGCAUCUAUCAGGAGUCAUCCAUACCGGGUCGGGGUACGACCCCAAAGAGUAGCACAGUGCUACAGUGCUGCUCUAACCCUAUUUAAAUAAAGCUAGUAAUACUAUGGUAUUACUACCGUUUUUGCGUGUUUCUUUAAUUUUGUGAAUAUCUGUAUUAUUCACUGUAAAGACGAUGCCGAACAUUUAUUAACUUGCAAAAAAACACAAAAAACAAUGAAAAAAUUGUUACCGUGGAUGUUUUCCGACUGCACUUGACUCGUUCAUUUGUUCUUACACUUGAUUUGAGCUACUGAUGAAGGCAACAAGGCCGUGAUGGGAUGUUUACAUCCGUGAUGUCCACUGGAUUUAAUGAGAACACACUGGGACCAGAGACUAGGGCUUUACCGCAGAUUUACCGGCCUCAGACGCCCGAUUCCGCUGGCAGAGUCUGAUUCUGAAAUGCAAACUUGAUCACGCACAAACUCUGGAAGCAGACUCUGCAGGAUCGCUGUGGGAAGUGAGUCUCCCUUUUUGAAUAAUAUUUGUUUGGAAGAAAUAUAUAUGUAUAAAUAAAGACGUAUAUAUUAACUGUAAAAGGAUACAGUUUAAAUAAACUAUGCCAACAAAUGCCUUGUACAAUAUGGCACUGCCGAAAUUUUUUUUUCCAGAAAUUUUUCACUGUAUCUUUCAAAGUCUCCAUAGGGUUUAAAAAUGUGAAGCCUCUCCAUUCUCCUCUUGCAUUUAAUUUAUUCUCCCAUGCAGUCACAUGGUGGUCUGAUGCAAUUUCCUCUCUCUUCCAUAAACUUUGACUUUUGUUUUCUAUUCAGAAAAUGACUUUUUUUUUUUUUUAUGGACGGUUAAAAACAAGUGUCUUAAAAAGUUCUGGAAAGAGGGGAGAGAUGUGCUUUAGGUUGCCUAUUUACAGAAAAAAAAAUGUGAUGUUUGUUCCAGCAGUUUGUGCUUCAAGCUUCACAAUAAAUGUCGUAUGCAAUUCUUACCGUCAUGCAAAUAUGCUUAGGUCAUCUACUAACACACAGGACACCUUAGAGCAAAAAGUAACAUAUGCAAUACAUGUGACAGUUCGACGUUUUUCCUUGUGUCUUCCUUUUAGUUUACCAACCCUCCCUCGUUAUAAAUCCUCUGUAUAAAACGUGUACCUUUUUUAUGAGUUUAUUGCGAUGACGAGGACGAUUAUUUUGCACCAAUUGGCUUUUUCCCCUUUUCCUCCUCUUAGGUGUUUUUCCCUCCAUUUCUAUAUGCAGAAAUGUGCAAACUAGAAGUUAAUAUUGACUGCUAAUUAAAUGAUUAAACUGUUUGUAUUGUACAGCAGAUCCUUGGUAUUUAUAAGACAGAAAGCAACCACCUUUUGAAGGGCAUUUCUUCAGAAAUGUUCAUAUUUAAUGGUUUCCUUAUUACAUAUUAAACUUACACAAAAGUC